CUGCGUCAAAUGUGAUUUGGAGGAAAUGGAUUUUAUCAUGUCUGUGAAAGGAAGUAGUUUGACAGAGAAACUUCUUCCCUCAAAGCAUUCAUUUUUUAUUCGUGAAUCAAGAUCUGGUGUAAGGCAUACCAAUGUUUUGUUAAGAGGAGCAGUUUUUCGGAUUUUUAGUAUCAACUUCUUCACGUAUGGUUUUCUGGUCUCCUUGCUUGCCCUUUCCUUUUGGAGUUUCCAUUUUGCUAGCUUAUGUGCAUUUGGGCUACUUGCAUAUGUUGGCUACAUUAUAUAUGCCUUCCCAUCCUUGUUUUGGUUGCAUCGAUUAAGUGGCCUGCUGCUUGUAUUCAUUCUCUUGUGGGCUGUUAGCACGUAUAUUUUCAAUGUGGCAUUUGCGUUCUUGAAUUUGAAACUCGGAAAGGACAUGGAUAUCUGGGAGAUGGUUGGGCUGUGGCAUUAUUCCAUACCGGGUUUCUUUUUGCUUGCACAAUUUUGUCUAGGAAUUUUGGUUGCUUUAGGUAACCUUGUGAACAGUUCUGUUUUCUUCUACUUGUCGGAUGAGAAUGGGCAAUCCGCAAAUGACACCUCUAGUGUUGAAGUUGAUGAGGAAACCAAGGUGUUGAUUGUGGCCACAGUUGCAUGGGGACUGCGCAAAUGUUCUCGGCCUAUCAUGCUAACACUGAUAUUUCUCAUUGCCAUGAAACCGGGUUUCAUUCAUGCUGUUUACAUGAUAUUCUUCUUGAUAUAUCUUCUGAGCCAUGAAAUCAGUAGAAAGAUACGCCAGUCCCUUAUUCUCCUAUGUGAAGCUCAUUUUGCACUUCUAUACAUUCUUCAAAUUGAUUUAAUCUCUAACACUCUGAGGCGAGAAAAGUCUUUAAGCGGGCAAAUUCUUUUGCAGUUAGGUCUCCUUAAGAAUGAAAGCUCUUGGGAUUUUCUGGAAAUAGCUUUACUUGCUUGCUUCUGUGCUAUUCAUAAUCAUGGCUUUGAGAUGCUAUUUUCAUUUUCUGCAAUUGUAAGGCAUACUCCUAGUCCUCCAUUUGGAUUUAGCAUCCUGAAAGCUGGCCUGAACAAAUCAGUCCUCUUGUCAGUGUAUGCCUCACCAACUCUGAAUUACAGCCACGAGAAUCCUUCUUAUGAGAGAAGGAUUGCUGCAUUCCUGAGUGCAAUUGGACAGAAGUUCCUAUCUAUGUAUCGAUCAUGUGGAACAUACAUAGCUUUCCUCACUAUUCUUCUUGCAGUAUAUCUAGUUAGACCCAAUUGUAUAUCAUUUGGGUACAUUUUCCUUCUCAUUUUUUGGAUCACUGGAAGACAAUUGGUUGAGAAAACAAAAAGGCGCUUAUGGUUUCCAUUGAAAGCUUAUGCAAUUACUGUAUUUAUCUUCAUUUAUAGCUUGAGCAGUUUCCCCAGCUUCAAGGAGUGGUUGUCCACUAUAAUAGAUCUGUAUUUUUAUUUGGGUUACAACUCCAAAGCCUCAUUAUUGGAGAACGUGUGGGAAUCUCUAGCAGUUCUGAUAGUGAUGCAACUUUAUAGCUAUGAGAGGAGACAAAGCAGGCACAACAGGGCAGAUGGUCCCAAUCCCUUAGAAUCUGGAACACUUGGGCUUAUUAGAAGGUUGCUGAUCUGGCACAGUCAGAAGAUCUUGUUUGUUGCAUUAUUCUAUGCAUCUUUGUCCCCAAUUAGUGCUUUUGGAUUUCUCUACCUAUUUGGCCUUGUUCUUUGUUCAACUUUGCCCAAAGCUUCUCGAAUCCCAUCCAAAUCAUUUUUGGUUUAUACAGGAUUUCUAGUGAUGUCCGAGUAUCUUUUUCAAAUGUGGGGUAAACAGGCCGGGAUGUUUCCUGACAAAAGCAUUCCGACUUGGCCCUUUUUUUAGUUUCCAAGUGUAUGGGCCUGGUUU